CUUGCUUCACCAUUCGGCAAACGAGCAUCCAAGGCUUCGCGGAGGUCCAAUAACCGGUUAACUUCCGGUGAGGGGUAACACAAAAGGAAAAGAAAUACAGUACACGCCACGCAGUUCGUUGAGACGAAAAAUGAAACAACUCACCGAGGCUCUCACACUACAGUCUCAAGCCAUCACCAGGCAUUUUAGCAUAUUUGCCAUCAGAAUCCGCCAUGAUCUCCGACCAGAUGAGAUUCUUUGCUUUAGUAAUUGAAGUUUGAAGCUCGUGUCGCCUGCUCCUGGAGCCUCGAUUUUCGCGAGUUCAUUAUCCAAGCACCUGAUCCUCUUUAAUUUCAUCCUCAUAUUGGCUUCCAAUUGGUGUCCUGGCUCGAGGCUUUUAGAAUUCGCUCUAUUUCAAUUUUGAGGGAUUGACGAACUUGAUUGAGCAGCAGAAAUGCUUACGUGCAUAGCUCGUCCGAAGAAACUCGGGCAUGAGUCACUGAAUCAGCCCGAUGAAUCCGAUUCUACCAACUCAAGCGCCGCUAAGAGUCAAGCUGCCAAAUCCCUCACUUCUCAGCUCAAGGAUAUGGCGUUGAAGGCAUCUGGAGCUUACAAGCAUUGCGCCCCCUGCACCGGACCACAGACACAGAAUCGAUUCCGGGGAAGUAAUGAGUCAGAUGUGGAGUCGGAUCGGUUCCGAUGGUCCUACCGGAGAACAGCGAGUUCAAGCUCGACAACGACGAGGGCAUGGGGGAAGGAGAUGGAAGCGAGACUGAAGGGGAUUUCGAGUGGGGAGGGAACGCCGAACUCUUCCAGCGGACGGCGGGUAGAGCCGGUGGUGCUGUUUGUCGAAGAGAACGAACCUAAGGAGUGGGUGGCGCAGGUGGAGCCCGGCGUAUUAAUCACCUUUGUAUCACUUCCGAGCGGAGGGAAUGAUUUGAAGCGAAUCAGGUUCAGGUACGCCUCCAAUUACUUCUCUUGCGGGGACACUGGGCAUCGUAUUAUUUCUUUAGGUGCCGUUUUGAGUUUUGAUCGGACGGCGACCGUUCGUGACAGUUUUGGUCAAGGUGGGCAUUUGGAAUUGGAUCCUACAGCAUCAAGCAAAUAGUGAUGUGAUGAUAAUGACAAUGAGUGCCUUUUCCUCCGGUGAACUGUCAAUUUGUCUCGCAUCAUUACUGAUACAUGGACA